AUGCUUCUGAAGGAUGCUAUAUUGAGUGGAAAAGACAACUCUUUGCCGCCUAUGAAGGAUGGUUUCGAGUCAGAAGGAGGGAUUGCUAUGUUGGAGGAUGGAUUAUCUUUUCUUAGUGAUGCUCCUACGGGUUAUAGAACUGGCUUCUAUGAAGCUGGUUCUUCCGGGAAAUCAUUGAAAAAAGGGAAACCUAGAAGACGCCUCACAUGA